AUGUCCGGCUACGAUCAGUACAACCAGGGCUAUGGCCAGCAAGGUUAUGGCCAGCAAGGCUACGGCCAGCAGCAAGGCUACGGUGGCCAACAAGGCUACGGUGAUCAGCAGGGCUACAACCAACAGCAACAGUACGGCCAGCCUCAACAGGGCUACGGCCAGCAGCAAGGCUACGGCCAGCAGGGUGGUUCUGCCGACUACUACUCCGGCCAGCAACACCAGCAGCAAGGCUACGGCCAGCAGCAGGGUGGAUCUUCCGACUACUAUCAGCAAAACCAGCAGCAAGGCUACAGCCAGCACGACCAGAACCGCCAAGGUGGCUACGAGCAACAGCAGGGUGCUCCGGGUGAGGCCCAGGAAGGCGAGCGUGGCCUUGCCGGCGCCCUCGCCGGUGGUGCCGCCGGUGGCUUCGCUGGCCACAAGGUCAACCACGGUUUCCUUGGAACAAUCGGUGGAGCUAUUAUUGGUAGCCUCGCUGAAGACGCCGUCAAGAAGCACCGCAACCACGACAACCAGUCGCCUCCUCAGUAUGGGGCCCCACCUCCCAACGGUCAAUAUGGCGGCCCUUCUUCCAACAAUGGCAGCGGCGGCUCCAUGAUGGAUCAGCUCGGUGGCUUCUUCAAGAAGUAG